GUCCGUGGUGUGAUUUACGGUCUUUGUAGAUUAUCGAAAGGAUUGGAAAUAUCGGAUCUGUUACCUUUUCAAAUGGAUGGAUACAUUAUUGCUGGACAGUUGGUAGCUCAACCGAAUCGAAAUUACAAGAUCCAUGGAUGCUGUAACCAAGUCCGGAACUGAGUUCCACAACCAUUAAUAACAUCCUGUUCGAAUCAGACUCGGACGCCAUGCUAUGGUUAUAAACAUGUACAACCGGAACGAUGAGCACUCUGGAGCUAGUUCACGAUCACGGUACGAUUACCACUACCACUCGACUUCAUCACCGCCAUCAUCGGUGGAAAAUCAAAGGUACAAUGACCACACCAGCUUGUUCGGGGAUCCUGUACUGCCAGCUACCAGGCAUACGGAUCUGCUGGAGGGAGGCGAUUUGUACCAGAACCUGAAGAAUAACAUAGAGCUGUACCAUUCGAAGUUGUACAAUGAGCAGGAGAAACUUCGGCAAGCGGAACGGGAUCGUAUGUUCAACGAGUUCACUAGCGGGAACCAACGGAUGGCAUCGUCUACCACCACGAGCAGUAGUGUGAAGAACUCUAUCGGUAGCAACACCACACACUUCGAGAAUGAUCCGGUCGGAAGGUACCCACGAACCCGUUCUGCUAACCAUGGGAUCGAUUUUAACGGUAGCAGGUCAACUCUCCAGAAUAUGGACAUGCUUAAGCACAACGAGUGGAUAAACUUUUCCGAGUACGAAUACCUAGAUAGCCUGAUUCCGACGACAAGCCAAACGCUGGCCGACAUUCAGCAGUUUUCCAACAAUAACCUCAACCGAACCAUCGAAAAUGGUGUCUUCCAAAAUCCGCGCAUUGCGGCACUCCGAUCGCGUCGAAACUCGAUGAGUGACAACAUCUACGCUAUGUCGACAGCCAGCGGGUAUAGCGUAGCUGACAACGUCAAACCUUCCACGUUCACUAUUCUGGGACAUGGUGCUAACUAUAGUGAGGCAGGCAUUGCAGAAACGGGCCAUUCCAAUUCCAGCGAGGGAUUGCCAAGCGAAUACGAGCGGAUGCUGCGAAUCAGCAAGUCUGACGCGACGACUCCUAUUAUCAAGGAUAAAGUAACCACGGGGUCCAAUUUCAGGAUCUCCGAGGCACGCCAGCAUAAGAAACCUGCCUUCACAAUCAUCAAUGAAACUUUGCCGAAAUCGAACUCGUUCGACGUUUCAAUGGGUCCAUUCCUGCCGUACCAAAGCAAGCAACGGUUAGCGGCGUUGCGAGUUCUAUCAGCCAGUUCAGUCGGAACAUUUCACAACCGCCAGAGCCUAAACCCAAAUAUAACAUCGGAUGAUACCUUUCUACCAUACCAUCGAAGAUACAGCAAUUCGGAGGUUACCAUAACGCCGGUUGCGAAGCGCAAAAAGUCAACCACCAAAAAGGGUGGAGAAUCGAAACGAACCAAGAAGAAGCACACAAUCGCGGUAGUCAACCCGAGCCGAGAACAGAAGGGUAUCCUGGGAGUGUUAAACAGGGCAAAGCUCUCACCCAACAUGCAACAACGUGCCAAAAGUGCCAAAUUGUUAGUGACGGCGGCAUCCGAAGAUGGUCAAUCGCCGACUCCGAGCGAAAUGAUGCUAGACGACCGGAUAGACAUUCCCGAGCAUCAGAUGCGUAACAUGAAGCUGUUCUCCUAUAAGCCAUUUGCUGGCCGGCCUAUGCUUUCGCCAGUGCCGGACAAAAGUUCGAUGGAGAACUCCCAGAUUGACUUGAAGGAAGCGUCACCGGCCAAGGGGAAGGGUGAGAAAGGAGAGAAAGGGGAGAAAGGAGGCUAUCUGCGAGCGCCUAUGUUCAACAUACGCGGUUUGCUAUCACCCGGCCGAUCGAAGGGAAAGGAUUCUUCGCCGGGGAAAAAUGGUAAAGAAGAGGAUAAAAAAGGGAUCGAUGCGGUAUCUGGGCUGGCGGCAAUGACAACGGUGACGGCGAUAACUUCCAUUGCGGGUGAAGGUAAACAGGCAGCUGAUAGUAAACCACCAGAGGACCCACCGAAAAAAAGAAGAUUCAACUUGGCAAAGGCCAUUAUCGACUAUGGGAAAAAAUCCGACGAAGAGGAGAAGAAGAAGGAAGAACCUGUGGAACAGAAGAAAACGAAGGAAACGAAGGAACCAAAGGAAACUGUAGAAGAACAGCCCAAAGCAAGACCUGAGGUGAAACGCGAUGGAAGGCGGAAAGAUUCCGAAGGAAAUCGAGUCAAAGAUGGUAACAAGAAGGCUAAGGGCAAGAGUAAAAAGACCAAAGCAGAUGAUUACAACGAUUACUACGAGCAAGAGAAACCCAAGAAAGGAAUGUUGAAAAGCGCCCUCAAUCUCGCUUCAAACUUAACAGGCAAGGGAAAUGGUAGUAAAAAAGAUUCAACUAAAACGGUGAGGAGUGAUAGGGUAGGAAGCGGUAAACAAGAUAGGAGAAGCGCACGGGUCGUCAGCGGAAGAGUAGCUGCACCUGUUAAAAGUGGGAAAGCCUCCGAAAGAUCCUCCCGUGUGAGGGAUGUGAGAGAGAAAAGCGCGAAGGCUAGUGGGAAACCGGCUCCCAAGUCGGCCUCAGGUCCGAAAGGAAAAACCCUGAGAAGAAGUAGCUCUGCAAGUGCUUUGAACGUAGAUAGUGUUAAAAAAAUGAACCGAUUGUACGAAAAGAAUGUGAAAGCAGCGGAUCGUAACGGAAAGACACUAAAGGGCGAUAAAAAAUCUCGACAAUCAUCCGAUAGUCUACUUUCAAAAUCGGACAGCAAAGGAGAAUUGAAGCUGAAGACUGUAACCAAAUCGCCUAGCACAAAAGCUAUCGAGAAACGGGACUCGGAGAAAUCCUUGAAGAUGAAGAAAAGUGACAGUAACAAAUCACUUUCGAAGAUGGUCAAAAAAUCGGAUUCAAAGGGAUCACUUUUUGGGAAACGAUCCGAUUCAAAAACUAGUCUUCACCUGAUGGACACGGCGAUGGGUUCAGAUUCCCCUGCUCACGGUGGCGGGGGAAUAUCUGUGGCAGAUGUUGGAAAAAACGUGCUUAAUACCGUAAACGAAGUGCCCGGAGAUAAUUCUGUGAAGUCUACUAGGGUCACUCCACGUAAGUUACAGAGCAAAGGAUCACUCCUCAGUUUACUCAGUUUCAAAAGUGUCAGCCAUCGUAAUGUUGCAGACGCUGACCGAGCUACACCUGAGCCUGGUAGAGCAGACUCUCGUCCAGGGACUGCGACGGCUGCUCGGCUGAAAUCGGCCUCCGUGAGAAAUGUUAACGAAAAACCAGGAACUCCCGUAAAUGACUCUGAGCUAGGCUCUCGUAUUAGCAUCCGGGAGAAACCUGGCAGCAGUAAACUCAUCCGGAAAGAUCUCAGUAGGACGAACAGUCGUAUCUCGAUGAAAAGCGUAGCUCACGCGCGUUCAUUCAUCAGCAUAAGACCGUCCGCAAAUGAUGAAAACAACCUUAGGAAAAAUGAUUCGAUGCCGCAGAUGACCAAGGUGAAGGAAGGUUCCCAGGAGCAUGAUGACGACGACGAUUUCGUUGGGGAGAAGGGUAAAACAAUGAUGACUCCAUCGGCAACACAUGUGAUGACUGUGGCCGGCGAUGGCGAAGGGAUGAAAGUGGCCAACGAGUUCGCAGGUACGGGUCACUCGACGGGGAUGAACCAGGAGGGUAUCAAUCCAAACACGAUGGAAAAUCAACCAAGUGCCAAUACCGAUAUGACGAUGACGCAGAAGAACCACAGUGACGAAUUCGACGAGACUGGAAAAUCGAAAUGUUGUGCCUGCUGCGCCCCUUGUUGGAGAAAAACGUGCCUUCCGUUUAAGCGUUGCUUCAGCUGUAGCUCGUGCUGUGGCAAAGGCAAGGACAAAGACAAACAACAGCACCAAGCGCCCAAGCAGGGCAAGCCGGAAGAAAAACAGAAAACUUCCUGCUGGCAGGGGAUAAACUGUUGCCGAAGCUGCCGUCGCUCGAAGACGUCCCCCGCUGAGGCACAACCGGCGGCCACACCGAAGAAAUCUUGUUGGCAGUCACUCAACUGCUGCGCCAGCUGCAGGCGGAACAAGUCCCGGGAGUUGGUGCCUCGCUCUUCAAUCGACAGCGAACCGGAGGAGCGGACCUCUAAAUGCCGUUCCUGUUGGAGCAGAUUGCUGUGCUGCAGUAGAUUCCGCAAGAACAGAUCCCAGGUGCAUCAGCAACGUCUCAAGAUGCAGCAGGAACCGGUGGAAAUGGAGACUGUCAAGUGUUGCUUCUGUUGCAAGCGAACGCGGCCCAAGCUAAAGCCAAAGAAGAAAAAGGUGCCAGUUAAAUCGAGUUUCAACUGUUUGAGUUGUUGUAUCAUGUGCUGCCCCAAGAAAAAUGACAAUGGCAGCAGGAGAACAAGUAAUCUGAGCAAGAAGCAAAGUAUUGCUCCAACGAUACCCCCUGAGGACUUACGACCGAAAAUUGAUAUGACUCUGGUAGAGCACUCCUCUUUAAUGCGUGGUGCAAUCCCGGUGCUUCCAAUUUGCCUGGCAUAUUUUUGUUUGUUUCUCAACGUAGUGAUUCCCGGCUCGGGUACGAUUCUCUCCGGCUGUUUGUGUUUGUGCAUAGGAAAGCCUCGUUUCUCGCAGCAUGACUCGAUCAAGGGUCGCAUCGGUUCCUUCAUUAUCAACUGCAUAGUAGGUGUUUCCCAGUGCUUCACCAUUAUCUUCUGCGUGGUGGGAUGGGGUUGGGCCAUUUGGUGGGGCACAAUCAUGGUCCGGCUGGCAAAACAACAUCGAAAAAUUCUGGAAAUGGAGGCCGCACAGGAGGAUGGCGAAGAGCAGACGACGUUGUCCCAACGAACGGGUGCUUCGAAUCCUCCGGUGGCAAUGGUGUCUCAAGCUAACCGAAGGGACGUCGAGACGGGACGAUAAGCUGGGGGGGUUGAUAACCAGCCUAUUUUUGUAACUUGUAAAGCACAACACUGUUUACGCACAACAAUUCCUACCCCGUUCGGAACACCAUCCGUCUCUCUUUUGUACCAAUUUUGGAGUUUGGUCAAAGGAACCGAAACUCGUGCGAAGCAGAGCUUCGACAGCGUUUUUUACGUACUUUCUACUGUUAAACUAUUUCCUAACGAUGAGCAAACUUUGAUAG